AUGACUCCUGGCUCUGACAGUAGCCCCAAGCACGCCAGAACAGAGGUGCGGCUUGCCCUGGCCUGCAAUCAAUGUCGCCGUCGCAAGGUCCGCUGUGAUGCCAGCCUGCCCAAGUGCCGCAACUGCGCUGCACGCGGUGACAACUGCGACGUGUCGGACCUCCGCCGACGACCCAAGGCCGGCUCAGCUGCUCAGGCGCCCGUCCGGCGUCGAGCAGAGGGCCGCCGCCGGCAGUCCCGUCAGCAGCGGCCGUCCCCGGGGAGCCCACCCGUCCAAGCUCCGUUGAGCCCCAGCCGAAGUACUGCUUCCCCGGCCGCCGCCCCGGGCCACAGCAAGACAGCCACCGCAACUGCACUGCCCUUAUCCCGGACCGCUGCCGUCGCCGCUGCCGCCGCCGACACUGCGGCUGCCGCUGUGCCAGGGAAGUCCUCAUGGCUGGCCCUUGGUUACAUCGAGAGUCGUUCCUUGCUCCGGUACUCCCAGCAGGCUGCCGGACUGCCUGCCGGCUCCCGCCAAGUACUCGACGCCUGCCAGGGUGGAACUCAUGACGAUGACGCAGCCCUGGCAGCUCCCGAGGUUGUCCUUAAUGUCGAUCAUGACAUGCACAAGUUGAAGUUCGUCGGUGGCAGCAGUUUGCAAUGUCUUUGCCGCUUUGUCGAUCUGCACCUUGUACAUCACCGCAUGCCUACCAUCAGCCCUUUUUUCAAGCAUGGUAUGCGACAUGCUGAGGAGUUCUCCGUGCCCGUCAUCCCAACAUUUCCACCAAUCCCUACAGGUGUCCACCUAAGAAACCUGCUUGACGUCUCCUUCAGCCGCCAAUGGCCCCUCUUUCCUGUUAUUGAUCGAGUGAUCUUCGAAGUUGAACUGGGCAACAUCAUGGGCAAUCGAACCCCGUGUUCUGGCCACAGCAGAGGACCAGCAUAUCACCAUAUCGAUGUGAAAAAUAUCCAGCCUGUCCGCCUACCUUGGCUCGCCGCAGCGUACAGUAUCUUGUGCAUUGCCACUGACUACACUCAGGGUCGCACAUCGGAGACAAGCGCAGCGUACCUCAAAGCUGCGUACAGUCUGUAUAAUCAACUAGUAUCCAUGCCAUUCCUGCCAAGCGUGCAGGCCACGUUAUUGCUUGCUCUAGCUCUGCGUGAGCAAGGCCGAGACGGACAAGCAUGGCAUCUGACUGGCCAUGCCGUCCGUACAGCUCACUCUCUUGGGUUGCACAAACAGAAGUACAUAUCCAUGGCGGCUAUGCAGCAGCAACCUCUUUCCGCAAACAGCACAGAUGUUCGCAAGAGCCAGAAGGCGAGAGAUAGUCGUCACUUGACAGCCAGCACGGCCGGAAUGCCUGUAACGGCGCGUGUCUGGCUGGCAUGCUAUGCAUUGGAGAAGCUUAUGCAACUUGAGUGUGGCCGUCCUUCGAUCAUCGACGACGCAGACAUCACUGGUGUCCGAUCACUUCGCGUCACGGCGGAGAGAGCACAUGGUUCGGAGCAUGGUCCGGCUCAGGAAAAGGACGUCGACCAACCCCCUAACGAGCGGAGAAACCAUGUGCAGGGUGACGCGGACAACGGUGGCCGUACGCCCGAGCCAUCUGAUCCUCAUCAUCUGGACUACUUCCUGAUAUGGGUUAGACUCUCACGCAUAAUCGGCAAGAUAGCAGAACGUGUAUAUCUGCGGAAGUACAAGUCAUCGGCUGAGAUGUUCUACGAGACCGGCAAGCUUGAUAUGGAGCUACUCGACUGGGAGGCUUCGUUGCCGGCAUGGCUCUCCGUCCCGAAAACUUCCUGGGCAGGGGGUUUCCCUUCCACACCUGCACGACCACCGCAUAGCAGCGAAACAAUCGAGCCUGAUGAUGAUGGUGGAAAUGCGCAACCUCAUCACGGGUAUUUGCAAAACUUGAUCUUGUCGCAGUUCUACAAUGCGCAAAUAUCUCUGUUUCGUAUCAGUCUCAUCUUUUCCCAGGAGUCCUACCAGAAAGAGCUCCGAGUGCAUCCGAGCCCGGUACUCCCUGCGCAUUUCCAUGCCCGGCUGUCACGUGCCAAUCUGAUCUGCGUCGAAGCAGCUCGAGCUGUUAUCACACAGAACCUUCAGUUUGUCGAGGGAUGCCUGCAAGUCAGAGAUGUGCCGCCGCCUGAAAGUGCUGCUGCUACGCAAGGCAAUUCAGUUAACGACCAUUUGCCACUGGCUUCAACACCACCGCCCCCACUGCUGGCCGGGACAGGCGGCUUGCUUCUCACAGCGGCGUCCGUCCUAGCUCUCAGCAUUCUACGGGAACCUACACGUCGUCUUACACGUUCGGAUGCAGAGCUUCUUGGCGAGGCAGCGACAUUUGCUUCGGAGUGCUAUGCUCGAUGGGGUCAGGACCCGGCGUUCUCAGAGGUCUGCGGUGUCUUGAGGGACUCUGUGGACAAGAUUUUGAGCAAAGUCAAAAACAAUGGCAAACCUGGUCGUCAGGCGUCAGUUGCACCUGGCGCAUCACCUGCAUCGACUAACAACCAGCUUGGUUCCGGCCAAGUUCGCGGCUCGUCAUCCCUCACAAGUAGCUCGAGAUUCUCGCGAGGCAUCGCACCACCAGCGGUCAAUCAAGCCGGGCAGACAGACUUGAAUCGCGACCAGGAUACAAGUCCGUAUCCGAGCACUGCCAGGGCUUUCCCAGCGCCGACAGUGCGGGAUGAUGCAGCAAUCAUGCACAGCCAUGCCUCCUCCUUUUCCGUCAUGGGCAGAGACUCGCCGUCAUUUUUGCCCAGUGGCGACCACGCCAGGGUUACACAUGUUGACUCACAGCUUCUUCAUGCCGAAAUCAAAGGUGCAGCUUCUUUCAUGUACGGGCUGGACAUGUCGGGCUUAUUCGACGACAUGGCCGGUGGCCUUGGCGAGAAUAUAUUUGAUGCCGAAGGCGCCUUGUCCAUUCCACCGUGGAACGGAGUGGACCUGGACCUGGAACAUGCAUGGCCCCUCAUGGGCAUCAGCCUCGAUUACAACAAUAUUUGA